GCCUACGGGCCUGCAUGCAUUAAGCAUAGGCCUACUGUACCAGUGUUCAUUCUAAUGAUUGAGAGAAAAACAUUUCUAUUUUGAUGUUAAGUUUAUUGUUCAAAACGUGUCAAAAUUUUAAAUGUGAAUGAUUUUUUUCCCUUAUUUUAAGACUACUAUAGUUGUUUUGUAGUAAUAAAAAAAUGUUUCCCCUUUAUAGGCGUUAAGUUGUAUCGAUUUCACCAUUUUUACACUCGGAAAGUUUCCCCGUUCCCUUAAUAGUGGUGUCCCCUUAAUAGGGGUUGGCCGUAGUGUUAUAAGAUAUAUUUCCCUUCGUUUCGUGGAACAGGGCCCCGCUUAAUUCCCCUUUCACACAUUCACGAUAAUUCUCAGUUUUCGUUGGUUCAAAAAUGUAAAUUCUUCAUUCACUUUAACGGUUCUAGCGCCCUCUUUGUGACAAUUUGCCCUUUGACAUCAUGGUAUCGCACAUGUUGUGUUGAAUGAAAACUAAACAGAACACUGAAAGUUCACAAAAUGCUUGUGGAAUGAAGAACCUAAAGAGAAAGAGUGAUGCAUCUUCCGUCAGUCAGCCUGAAACCAAAACUAAGAAAAAGACUGAAGAUUUUAGCGCAUAUAAGUUUAAAAAGCAACUACGUUCAGACAGUAACGUAGACGUUUUACAAGCAUUGACCACAUUUCAUAAGCUAAGCACUGAAUGGAAAAGCGAAACUGAUGCUAGCAAAGAUGUCGUCAGUGCUUAUCUUCAGAUAUCAGGGGAGUGUUCUGAACUAUUACAGCUGUUUGAAGGAAACAAGAAACAACCCAAAGAGCUUCAAUUGAUGUGCGAGACUCUUGAGAAGGUCUGCCUACGCGUUGUGGACGAUCUCGGCAUCUACCAUAGCAAUCUAGUGCGAGUGGCUCACCAGCUAUGUCACAAACACAUGAAGCAAGUGGAACGCGCUAUCUUUGCCGGCAUUCAUAAUAAGGUGACGAUGGCAGGAUUCCGACUGUUGACGUCCAUAGUUAUGCUGGGAAUUAGCUCUGCUAGAGAUGUUAUCAGUUGCUUCUCAUUUGAACAUCCAGGUUUGAAAAAACUUGUGAACAGAUGUGAUCUAAAAGACGAUGAAGAUGUACGUGUAUGGUAUAUACGCUUCAUGUUGUCACUUAUGGUUAUUGGGGAUAACCAAUUGAUAGAACAGCUAAUUGCACACAAAGAUUUCAUCAAAGGAACAUUCAAGGCAGUGAAGGCUGACCGGUUGUCUAUCAUUCAAGUACUUCUCCCGACGUUACGUGAUAAGGUCGUGAUGAAUCACAGUAUUAAGAAGACGCAGAAGCUGAAGUUGUUCAAUGAAUACACUUUACAACAGUUAGCAAGUCUCUAUGAAUGGGAAGGCAAAAACGAUCUCAACAAUGAUACAGGAAAAGAGGAAGAGGAACAUUUACUUGAUGGUAGACUCAUUGCCAGACAGCUUAUCCACGGCUUCCUCUGUGAGGUCACUUGCUCUCACAAACAUGGGGUCAACUUCUUUGACAAGACUUACGGGACGUCUGGAACAAAUCAGAACUCAGUUUUGUUUAAGUUCCUUCAAACUUUACGAACAGCAACAAAAGAUGUUUUGGUAGAAGAGCUGGCGACCAAGAUUUUGAGGACAUGUCCCGACCUCCUCCAUAAAUAUCUGACCUCAUGUGGUUACUCGUUCUUUCCACGUGCUUCAGAAACAUGGAUAGUAAACAUGAAAUUUUUGUCCAGGAUUUACCAAGCCCAACCUGAUGUUCCUCCAUGCCUUACACAAUCUGAUAAAACAGCUGUUCCAAAGCUGGUUGUCAUGGCAAUGGUCACUACCAAGCCAGCAGUAAUUUCUAAGUCAACUCUAGUUCAGGGCAUUAAGAACGCCAACCUGAUGGUGUGCUACCAAUCUUUAGAUGUGAUGAUGCUGUUUCUAGAGAGGUCAUUGAAGGUCAUUCAGUUCACAGAACAAGCUACUCUCACCUUCGACAAAAGAGCAUUUAUUGAGGAGUUCAAAGAUCAUGUUUUAACGGAGUUACCAGAGGUGAUGAUGUUGUUUGGAGUGUGGCACAAAGUUAUGAACUUCUUAACUGGAAGGCAAACACCUGACAAAAGUGCUAAUAAUAAAGAGGAUAGCCUCCAAACUCCAGACCUCACUGAAUUAUUGAUCAUCCUGCUGAAAGUUCUACGGCUGUACCAGCGCUGCAUCCCAUCAGCUAUGGAGCAGACAACCUUUGACUUUGGACAUCUACUGCAUGAUAUCUGCAGCCUGCAAGAGAAGAAGCUCUGCAGUGAUGUGACGUCUUUGCAGCACAAUGCCCUGCAAUUCUUAGAAACUCUGCCUAGAGGCCAGAUAAAAUGGUUCAAGGAGCUAAAGACAGACAAAAGUAAACAGUCGACAGUAACACUAUUACUGAGUCUCCUGACCUCUGCUACAGAUACUAGACUUCAAGAGGCCAGCAAAGCACUCCUUCACAAGAUAUUCAGGGAAACUGGUAUUUUCAAAAGUGGUGAUCAAGAGGUAGAUAUCUGGUUGCAACAUCUCUCAGAAGACACUGGAUCAUCCACCAAGCUGGAGAUCCAGUUCCUUCAGAGGAUUUUAACUAAAGUUGUCCGCAAUCCACAUCCAUUGAUGGAUCAAGUUGCCAUGGCGACUGUAUCAGCUAUGCAAUGCAGUGGGAUUCUUGAGGAUGAUGUCAAUGAGGAUGGCGGGCAAACACUGACAUCUCAGAUCAAAAACAUACUUGAUAUGGAUGAAGUUCCUAUACCACAAGUUACUACGCUAGUGCCAGAUGGACUUCAGGACACACCCAUUGACACAUCCAUGGACACACCUGUAAACACUUACUCCACAGAGAUGCUACUGUCACCAUUUAGUGCUCUAGUUCCAGCUGCUCUUCAUGAGUGGACAACAUGUGAUACAAAGCAACAAGAUUCAAUUAAAUCAUAUUUGACAUCCGUUUUGAGAGCCAUUUUGCAUUCCCAAGAUAACCCAAUACCCAUGUGUAUGCUUGUGUUAGACAUUGUGAAGGAAAACAAAAAAGAUGGUGGUGAUUUGGCAGAAUUUAUAAGUUACUGCUCAAUUUGGUUGCCGGGAAGUUCAAAAAACCAGACGACUAAAGAUUCAAAGAUGAAAAAACAGAAAUUAUUGGCUGCAAGUAGAAGCAAUGCUUUGGAUCUGCUUUACAAAACAUUUAUCGUGUCUAGAGAUGACUUGGCAACAGAUGAUUUUGUUAGAAAAGCUUCUGCACUUGUUAAUAAGAAACCACUGGAUUUUGAAGGGCUGAAAACAUUGAUUCAACUAUUGAUGCUUUAUGCAAGAACUUCUAUCCUUCACACUCACCUGUUUGCAUCAGCAAAUCAAGUUCUGAUGAACUGCCUGGAACUAAUAAAAAAAGCUCUCAAACAUUUUCAAAACCAAAUUGAGAACAGCAAAAAAUCUGAUACCAGUAGGAACACAUUAAUCCCAGAGGAAACUUUAACAUGUGAUGCUAAGAGUCAAAGUUCAUCUUUGUGUGAGUUGACAAGAAUCAUCCUUACGAACAGUAUGUUAACUGUUUGGUUACCAACUUGUGAGGGCAGUAUAGCAGUGUCUCCUUGCAAAAAGGCAACUUGUAAAGUUAUUUGUGAGUUUUUAAAAGAUACUCUUUCAACCUAUAAACAAUAUCUCCCAGUAAAAUUAUUAAGGGAGUGGAUUUCGAAGGUCUUUGGUGCCCUCGCUGCUCAAGCAAGUGAUGUGACUCAAGUAAAAGAUAAUGUUUUAGACUUCAAAAGUUUGACAGAUUUAUUCAAAGCUGUUCAAGACUUACUCGAAAUAGAACAAUUCUGGGAACUUCUACAAAACAAUGCAAAUCUACCUACAAAGCAUCUUCUAAACUCUACCAAAGAUGAUUUAUCUGAAAGGGGGAAAUUUGUAGUACUAUUGAUGCAGUUGUUUGCUGGUGUAAACCAGUCAAAAUCAGACAUAGCUCUUAGUAGUACCAAGGUGCCAAUUGAUAAGUCUAGUACAAAAAAAUUACUAACGAUAUUUGAAGCAAUCGAUUGCGAAGAGGUUGAUAGCCUUGUCAGUCACAUGAUCAAGCACGAUGAGGUAGUAACCAUGGCAGCAACAAAGAAAACUCUCCUGCGGUGCUUAAAUGGAAACAGACAAAAGUUGCUCAUUGCAGCCUAUUUGGUGGAGAAGCAUGAAAAUUUAUGUGCUGAGUUUUGUAAUUGGCUACAAAUUCCGAAAUCUAAAGAAACCUUGCACAAACGUCAAGAAUGGUACUUACCACUUGUGAAUGUGUUGCUAAGCAAACCAACGAAAACAGAUAAUGCCUACCUAACUGACUUGUUUUGGGAUUGGCUGAAGCACUGGUGCAUCAAUGAGACAAAUGACCAAACAUUUGCAAGUUUCCAGUUAGAAUUAUCCAAUCAGAAAGAAGAAACUGAUGAUGGUCUGUUAAAAGUAACCGUUCUUGAAAAAGUGGCAAAGCUAGUGGAUGAUGAAGCUGUAAUUGGAUUGGUGGACCUGUUAUGCCAAAGACCAAUCAUAUCAAAGAUCCCAUUCAACAGGCUACAACUUCAAGCUUGUUCUAUUUUAAUUGGCCAAUUGAAAUCUCAAUCCAAACAGAUGAGUGAAUUCCUUCAUGCCAGUCUACGCAGCAUAAUAAUUCUCACUAAAGAACAGGCCAAGGAUCCUUACAUUCGUCACUAUAGCAAUAUUGUAUGUAAAUCCAUCCAGUCUUUUGACUCAAUCCUCGAUAUAACAUCACCCUUUGUGAAAACCUGGAAUGCAUUUGUAAAGGAAGUUUUAAAAUCUCACUAUCAAGAUGCGGAAGCACAUAGUCUCCUAAGUAAUUUUAUAGAAGUAAUCUACCGAAAGGAAGCAACCAUAGAGGGUGCCCUUCCAACUUCUGUUAUUUUCCAAAUGGUAGCUUCGCAUUCAGCAUUCAUACCCACAAUGCUUCUGGAGGUUGGUGAGGAUCAAGAUAUAGACUCUUUGUUGCUUGGCAGCAUUCUAUACACAUUUAGAAAGUGCAAGAUUCUGGGGCAGAAGAGAGGUACACAAUCAUUUUUAUUAUAUAACCAAAUUGGUUUGGAAUUUGUUACAGAGAACCUUGUGAAGUUGAUCAGUACACUCUUAGAUCUAGAUUGUAGUAGCUGCACCACAUCUCAUUUUACCGUAUUUCUUGGAGCGUACAGCGCAACCAUGCAGCCGGUCGAUCAACAGCUUCUCUACAUAAUGUACCUGUGUGAAAUAAAUCAUGUUGAUGUCUGGAGUUUCCGACCGUUUAUGUUUGGAAAGAUUGCUGUGGAACAGCACAUGGCUAGGUCAUCGCUAGGCAGAUCACUGUGGACACAACCAAGCAUGUCUGAGGUCAUUGCACUCUUUGAUCCAGAAAAAUUGAAAUAUUCAACUUUGAACUUUCCAUUGGAGAGGAAACUUCAACCAAUUGGAGCCAUGACUCAAAAACUAGAUGAGUGUGAGUUGAAGGAAGACGGGUGUUCACAGACAGAUAGUAGUGGCAUCUAUGACCCUUGCUGUGUCCUUCCUAUGCUUAGUUACCUGCUUUCUCCAACCUCUUUAGUAGACUGCUCCAAGUUGAUAGAGUCUGGAUGUGUAGACUAUAUCUUUGCUGCAUUGGGAAGCCAUGACAAAACAAUGAGGGCAGCAGCAUACCAUUGCUUGGCAGCAUUCUAUACACAUUUAGAAAGUGCAAGAUUCUGGGGCAGAAGAGAGGUUGCUUACCUCCUUGAUUGUCUUCGUAACUCAAUUAAGAAACCAAAUCAACGAGUACCCAAUGUGAUAUGCAUUCUGAUGGGGCGCAUCUUGCAAUUGAUUCUAACCCCUGAAGAUCUUAUGUACAAGGUGGUCUUCAAAAUGUUGUUUGUAAAACCAGAGCUAAAUUUAGAAGCUGUACCCAUGAUGCAAAGGUUAUUUUACAGCUCAAAUCUUCAGAAUAAAGUGGAACGUACCUGGUUGGUGCAGCUAAUGAUUGAUGGACUGCGAGAUGAGCAUGAUUUCUACAUUUACAAUCAGCAGAGCUACGUUUUCAAGACUCUAUUAAGCUUCUUUAGUAGCUGUGUAUGUGAUAGGAAAAUGCAGAAUCUGAUCAUACAGCUGCUUGAUAAAGUGACCAGGUUACCAGGGGCAACGUUGAAGUUGAUCCAAAAUCACUCACUUCUCUCAUGGAUAGAAGCACAGGCAAUAGUAAGUUCACUGAAUGAAGAGACGCUGUUGAAGCUUUGUUCUCUGGUGAAGCUGAUUGCCACAUCCAUCACCUCAUCCAUAAAGGCAUUGCCCCAACCUGACAGUUGCCAAGUGCUUCAUCGGAUUGCUGUGGUCUGCUUCUCGUUGCUAGGUAGAUCAAGUGAAUUACCCAGACAAGGACUUCUAGACCUCCAGUCAGCUAACACAAUGUGCCUUGACUUGUCCCGCCAACACAGUGAAAAAGUUAUGACUAGUUUACUCAUCAAAAGUGAUAUAAAAUUGAAGGAGCUUCUUACAGUGAAACAAUAAGUCGAUUAAAAUUUGUGGUCUAUUUUUUAAACAUAGUCUAUCAAGUCUUAUAUGUGAACAUUUGUUUAAUUUUUAAAGUGUUCUGGAUUAAUCUGUGUUGUAACUAAAUAAAGAUAGAGAAAAACAUUCUUUGUCUGUUAACAGACAUAAAUAUUACCAUUGCUAUAUAUGCCUAGCAUAGGCCCUAAAUUGGCUGGUAAAUAGUUUAAUGAUUUUCACAGUAAAACGUCUGUACAUCAGCAGAAAAGAAAUUAUUAUACUCUGUCUCAUGCGAAGUUGCUAUCAUUAUUGCUUUCAAUUCAGCAAAUUCAUUUUUAAUGAAUUUGUAGACUUGCUGAAGAUUUCACCACGUAUUGUGUAUACAGUAUUUAUAUUGUGGAUUAAAAGUGAUAGUAAUACAAUGCAGUACUUAAAAGUGGCUCCAUUGCUAUAAUUACGUAAAACAUUGUUUCAUUUUAUAGACUAACUGCUAAAUCUGUAAAUGAAAUACCAACUGACAACUAUUGAGAAACAAUGUUUAUCAUGAUGUGAACUAUGGGCUUCAAACCCAAUGAGGGCGCUCUGCUGACUGAGCUACAGAAAUUCUAUUAAAUUUUAUUUACUCAUAAA